GUCAGUUAAAUGCCCAUACACUGACUACGUCAUAAGUGGGCAUGCUUCCAUUGAUUUUUGCUGAUGUUGAUGCACAUCUCAGGGACAGGGCAUAACCAAUAUUUGAACCCAGGACUACCGGCAUCCAAAGCUGAGGUGCUUAUUCUGGGCCACAAAGCCAUUCACCAGAGGCUACUACAGUGAUGGGCUUGUGGUGCAUGAGUUCUGAGAAACAGCUUUGUGACUUUAAGAGGAUACCAUGUAGAAUUGGAGAGGGGGAGGAUAAUACACCAGUGUGGUCAUUGCCUGGAGGUCCCACCUGAGAUCAGGGCUCCGUUGUGCUAGGAGCUCUACAAACACAUCCUGAGAGACAGUCCUUGCCCUGAGCUGCCUACGGUCGAGUUAGGAUGGAAGGGGAAACUGAGGCACAAAGUGGGGGAGGGGGGCGAAGAGCAUGCCACAGGUCAGUGACAGAGCCAGGUCAUUUGUCCCAGUACCCUGCACACUAGACCAUGCUGUCUCCCAAUGGUCAGUUGUGCAGGUUGUCAUGGUGAAGUGAGAUCUAGCAGUGGCUGUGGUUUACAUGAAUUCUGAGGCAGUAUCAGAGCAGCUGAGCAGAGAAGGGAGCCAAUAACUGUCCAUCUGGCUAAGCAAGCCUUUCCCCCCCCCCUCUCUCUAGCCUCGGCCUCUCCUUGUGUCAGGGAGCCUGUGGGGAAGAGCGCAAACGGCAGCUGUAAGCCAGGCAUACAGUACACAGGCAGGGGGCACCAUGAGGCUGCCUGGGCGCUAUCCAAUACCCAACAAGAAGGACCUGCCGUAUGAUAUAGUGGAGCUUAUGGAAGAAGUAGAGAUGAAGACUGGAUUUUUGCCCAAUGUGUUCAGUGUGAUGUCUCAUCGGCCUGCGGAAUUUAGAGCAUUCUUCGCAUAUUACAAUGCCAUCAUGAACAAAGAGACAGGAAGACUCAGCAAGGCUGACAGAGAACUUAUUAUUGUGGCUACAAGCGUUGUUAACAGAUGCCCCUACUGUGUAAUUGCACACAGUGCGUUACAUCGGAUAUAUUCUAAAAAGCCAGCUUUGGCGGAUCAGGUUGUUGUGAAUUGGAAACUGGCUGAUCUAAGUGAACGGGAGCAGGCAAUGCUGGAGUUUGCUCUUGCAGUCAGUCACGCUGAUAACAUAACUGAAGAGCACUUCCAAAAGCUGGAGGCUCAGGGUUUUGACCGGGAAGAUGCUUGGGACAUAGGCACAAUUGCCUCCUUUUUUGCCAUGUCUAAUCGUAUAGCUCACUUUACCGAUAUGCGUCCAAACGAAGAAUUCUACACCAUGGGCAGAAUACCUCGGGCUAAGGAGAAGGCAGAAACUCUCUAAUGCUGCCCACAAUUUUGUGAAAACAUACCAAGCACUUAAUGCUGUGGCUAAUGUUGCUAGUUACUGAAUAUAUAUAAAAGGCACAAGCUAAUAGCCGAUUGUUACCAGAAGAGAUCAGAUGGGGAAAUGGGUUACACUUUCCUCCAGCAUGCAAAAAGCUGGGAAAGGGUUUUCAACCAUGGGCCAGUCAUAACACUUUUAAUUCCUAAAGUAGCUGCAAGAUCAAAACUUUUGUCUUAAACCUUGUUUAGAUUGUGAUAAACUGGCUGGGUAACAUAUUGUGAUUUAUAAACAAGGGCUGCAUGGCAACUUCUUCAUCACAUCUGUAAUAUUAGAGUAAAUACCAGAUGAGCUUUUGAGUCUCUAUAGUAUCGAACCCUUCUCAGACAGUGAAGGGCUGUAAUAAUUUCUCAUGGCACUUUUGCUAAUUAUUAGAGAUUAAUGUAUCAAUAAGGGUUGGGGAGAAGGGAAUGUCUUUCUCAGCCCUAUUAAUUACUCUUAUGUGAUCCUGCCGUGAAAACAUAAUGCUGCUGUAAUAGCACAAUCAUUCCAAAACAUCCCACUGGUGUCAGUGGAAAGUCUCUGCUAGGCUUCAUUGGAAGUUGGAUCAGGGCCUUAGCGCCAGACUGAGCAGAGCUGUGCAAUGCAGGUGUGACAGUGGGAAGUUUUUACUCAAUCACAGGUCCCAUAUCAGCAGUAACAGGCCUGUAGAGUCACUGACAGUGAACUAUUUUUUCUUUUUUCUUCAAAUGCUCAGAUGAAGAAAUUCUCUUGACUGAAUGCUGAGUGGUGAAGGAAUCAAGUGUUUGUAUGCAUGAUACAGUGUUGCCGACUCUUGCAAUUUUAUCAAAGGUCUUGUGAUAUAUGGUGUUUUUCUUAAAGCCCUACCUGCUGGAGUGAGGUGACUGUGCUUGAGAAUCUCAAAUUCCAUUGUUUAAAAAAGAAAGUUUCUAGCCCUCACUGUUGCAGAGAAAAGCUUGAAAACAGGACUCAUGUGCACCCUAAAGGCUUACAAACCUCAUGACAAAGAACUGCCCAGUUUACUUUGUCAAUCUCUUGAUUUCUAUGACAGUCUCAUAAUGUUUUACUGUCUGAUCUAUGAUUUUUCAACACUUUGGGUUGGUAACACUGCAACUAACUUUCCUCUAUCCAAUCUGUUUCUCACAACUUUUCUAAAAUGUCUCUUUUGUAAAUGGAUCAUGGACAAACUCCAUCCACUCCCCAGUAGUUAAGAAACAUGAUUUUCUUGCUUGAGUUGUUUUCAACACAAAACCAUGUCUGGGAAAUGCAAUUGUCUUACCUUGUGUGUAUUUUAAACUAAAUGUAAUAUUAAGGUUCUUGACUCAACUUUUAAUCACAUAGGUCAAAAAAUAUAACCCUUUUUUGAAAAUGGUU